AUGAGCAGCAUCAAAGCACGAGCGACUACGCCGUCGGACGCCAAAGCCGUCACUCGCAAGCCGACCACGGCCACUCGCCCCGUGUCCAACCAGUCGGAGAAGGCUGGGAUUCGCGACGGUAGCCGGGCGCGCCUAAGCACGUCUCGCAGCGACAAGGAGCCCAAUACUACCGCAGUGGAUGCUGCGCUUCGCACCAAGAAGCCAGCUGCCAAGCCGAGCGUCAACAACAACGACGUCGAGGCCGCCAAAUCCAAGAAGUCGGGACAUCCGAUGCCGUCGCAAGCACUCAACAAGCACAAACAAGCCGACCCGUGGAGCACGAAGAAGAAGCACAAAACGAACUUUGGUGCCGCGUAUGCCGCCGGCAACAUCCCUUGCCGUAUCAACCACGGAGGUAUCAAGAACGCGCUGCAAUGGAACCAAUCGCCCGAAGACCUCGAGUACAACCCGCUCCUCGUCACUUGCUGCGAGGGCUUCCAAGAGACCGAUCACCCUUACGUGUUUCUUGCGCGCCAAGGCUUCAACGACCUCAUGCACGCCAAUGGCGCUGAUGACAAGGUCCGGCCGCUCCUUGGACUGCUCAUUCCGCCGAUCCGAGCGGCGCUCAUGGCCCCGGACGACGAUGUGCUCGUUGUGACGCUCAAAGCGAUCCAAGCGAUUGCAGAUGCCGUUGGGUCGGACAUGAAUGUGCACUUGCCCAAACUCAUUCAGCAGAUCCAUCGCAAGUACUCGGCCAAGGGGCUGCGCGCGACAAUCGAUGAUACGCUUGCAGCCCUCGAGCGCAACGGGGGCCCGGAGGCACUGCGUAUCAUUCGCACCAAGAUUCCAACGUACGCUUCCUUGGCACAGUAG